UACACCGGUGGUCCCCGCCAUUAAUUAUAGUCAAUUAUCCAAAUCAGAAAAAUUAUCAAUUCAGAAUUGGGAAUCCUGUUGGAACUUUCCUUCCCAAAUUCCCCGAGUCGAAUCCGAUUCGGACAACUAAAACACCCACCCCGAUUCCUUAAUCCCCUCCGUUAAAUCUGCAUCAAAGGGACAAAGGUCAGCAUCACAACUGUAGGAUCCCAAUCAAACGAAUAAAUCUCGGAUUCUAUAAUAAAUUUCAGACCACUCCUCCGCCAAGGCGGUGACCACCGGUAAUUGUAAACCCUGAUCACAGGUCGCAACUUCUCAUCUUCCACUCGUUAUAAAUGGGAGUCAGAGCAGUCUCCUUACUGCUCACCGCCUUUCUUCGCAGCUUUCCACCGCACACAAGGCAUGGGCGACGGGCCCAACCUCUCGUCCAUCGCGAACGGUAACGGUGCUCGGACCCUCAACGGCGGCCACGCCACCGCCAACGGUGGCGCAGGUGGCUCCCAGCCGUUACCGGACAACAAGGCCCGGCGGGAUGGCGCCAGGCACCCCGCCUACCGCCCCUCCCCCCCUCUGGGUCCCCACCGCGGCCGCGGCCGCCGCCGCCGCCGUGGGUGCUGCUGCGCCUGCUUCCUCUGGUUGACCCUCCUCCUAAUCGCCCUCGUCUUCCUCGCCGCCAUCGCCGCCGGCUUCUUCUACGUCCUCUACCACCCCGAGCGCCUCAGCUUCUCCGUCGACUCCGUCCGCCUCUCCGCCCUCAAUAUCACGUCCUCCAACGUCCUCACCUCGCAACUCGACGUCGCCGUAUCCGCCCGGAACCCCAACGAGAAGCUCGUCUUCAUCUACGACGACAUCUCCAUCUACGCCUACUCCGAUGGUGUCGAGAUCGGGGAAGGCUCGUUCCCCGCGUUCGUCCACGGCACCGAGAACACCACCGUGCUCAACGCCACGGUCUCGAGCUCGGGGCGGACCCUGAAUCCGGGAGAGGCAGCGGAUCUGAGGAAGAAGAAGGAACUCCCGCUGGAGAUCGACUUGGCGACGAAGGUCGGGAUCAAGAUCGGGGGGUUCAAGUCGAAGCGGAUCGGGAUUAUGGUGUCGUGUGACGGUAUCGAAGUCGGCGUCACCGAGGGGAACGCGGCAGCCAACGCCACCUCGCAGGCGAACGCCCGGUGCCAUGCGAAGCUUCGGAUCAAGAUCUGGAAGUGGACUUUGUAGGUCUAAUAAUUGUAUCAUCAAUUAAAAAAAGGUAAAAAGGCAAAAAAGGUAGAGCGUGUGGUUGUAUUUUAUUGGACGGAAAAAGACAAGAACGGCCGGUUGGAUCGUAGCUUUUGAUCGCUUUUCUUUUUGUUUUCUUCUCUCUUUAUUUUAGUUUGUGGAAUAUAUUAAUUUCCUUUGAUCUUCUCA